AUGAGUCUGCUGACCCUCCGCCCCAUCAACACUCUCUCCUCGUUCCUCGCCCACGAGCAGCUCCGCGACGCAGCCGCUGUCAAUCGUUUCUUCGACUCCCUCCCCACAAGCCCCAAUACAUCUGCGCAGACCAACCCCCAGUUCGACGUCGUCGUCCUGUGCGGCUCAGCCAUCCUGUCCCUAGGCGAAGAUGUCUUCUCGGCCCUAUCGGGAGCUGAUCCGGUUCUGAGGCAACGAAAUCUCAUCCUUGUCAUAUGCGGCGGCAUUGGCCACUCGACGCCUCUCAUGUACGCUGCUGUACGACGACAUCCUCGCUAUCGCGUUUUGGCCGAUGCACUUGACGGCCAGCCACCCGAGGCGCGCGUCCUCCAGAUGAUUGCAGAGCGCUGGUUUGGGCUGACGGUGAAGACGCGUGACGAUUGUGACUUGGCCGUGCCGCCGGAGGCCUUUGCACCGACGAUCAUAGUCGAGGACAAGUCAACGAACUGCGGCGCAAAUGCGCUCGAGACCAAACAAGUUCUGGAUGCGAGGGGAUUGACGUCUCCGCGGUCCAUUGUCGUGGUGCAGGAUGCCACGAUGAGCAGGCGUACUGCGGCAUGUUUUGAAAAGGCGUACGAGGGAAUCAGGAAGGGGCCUGUCGUUGUGACAUGGCCAACUUUUGUGCCGGUUGUCACGCUCAGACAUGCAUCAGUCGAGCCGUCUGACUGUGUCGAACAUGGUAUUGCGCAUUUUGAGUUUGAUGACACUGGUCCGACGGGUGUGCGGAAGGCGGGAUUGUGGGAAAUGCGGCGAUUUCUGGAUCUACUGGUUGGAGAAAUCCCGAGAUUGAGGGAUGAUGAGAACGGUUAUGGACCUAGGGGAAAGGGAUUCAUCGGACAUGUGGAUGUUCCUGUGGAAGUCGAGGAGGCUUGGACAACAUUAACCGGCGCGUUGCAGACCACAACCCGGUAA